AUGGUCAAACAUAAAGGGCAAAAAGGUGCUAAAGGGCGUGACAAAGCCUCUCAAGCACCAGGAAAGAGUAUAAAGAGGAUGGAGAGUUAUGAAGAUACUCUGGAGCAAGGUGGGGUGGAUGAACAUAUGUUCAAACGCGAUCGAAUUAUGUUUGAUCAUCAGUCCGAUUCUUCUUCAAAUGACGAAGAAGAGGUAUUGGCUUUACCCGAUAACCCUCGAUUAGACCACCGUCAGAUACAUGAGGACGAUGAAGUGGAGGAUGAAGAGGAAGAGGAAGUAGAAGAUGAAAGAAGGGAGAAGAAGAAGAGGAAAGAUAAGAAGAGAAUUGAUGUUUCUACAAAAGGUAGAUAUGGGAAGGUGCAAGUGUCGGAUGAAUCGGAUGGGCAAGAUGAAGUCACCAAUGGAGAACCUUCCCGUGACACGGACGAUUCAGAUCAAAGUGAAAGCGAAGAAGGAUGGGGAAGAUCGUAUUAUUCCCGCCCAUCUACAAGGAAAGAAAAAGAAUCUCAAGGGGUUUUAGAUGAGAAAAGGGAAGAAGAGAGGGAGUUGGAAGAGAAAGAAGUAAAGAGGUUACAGAGAAAAGCCAGGGAAAGUUUGGGGGAAGAAGAUUGGGGGUUGGACGAUUUGGAUGAUAUGGGAAGAGUAGAUAUGAAUGGUAAUGACGACCCCAUAGAAGAGGAAAAACCAGCCCCACCUCCAGUACCCGAAACUUCAGACCCUGUCGUCAUUUUGAAACAUAUGGAAUUACAUGAUCCUCUCAAACUUGCCUUGGCUAGAGAUUACCCUUUGAUGCUUGAUAGAUUGGAACGGACCGCAGAAGGUGUGGGAAAGAUGGAAGAGGAGAAAGAUGGAGAGGGGAAUUUGCAUAAACCUUUAGGAUGGUUACAUUAUCAAACCCUCCUGACUUACACAUCCACACUCACAUUCUACCUCCACCUCAUCUCUAUCCCACCUUCCUCCUCCACAUCAUCCCUCCUCCCACGCGUCAUAGCCCGAUUGGUAAAGCUCAAAGCUGGGGUGGUGAUGUUAGAUAAGAUGGAGUUGGAUGCAGCUAUGGAUGCUCCUGACUGGGGUGAUUUGGAUGAGCUUGAUGAUCUGGACGAGCUGAGCGACUCGGAUGAAUUAGAUUCUUCGGACGGAUUGGAUUCAUUCAGUUCUCUGGAUGACGAGAGUAAUGAAGAUGAAGAUCAGGAUGAGGAAGGAGAAAGUUUGGCUGGGGCUACCAAGAGGGACAGGAGGAAACUUUCAAGUAGAAGAACAAAGAGGAUCCCCACGGGGGAAUUAUCUUGGUUAAAGGGAGAUUUGGAAGAUGGGGAAUUAGAAGAUCUUCUGGCUGAUGCGGAUAAAUCACCCAUAUCAGCGUCGAACAACAAGAUCAAAAAUCUCAAAUCCGACAAAUCCUUCACUACUAGACUUGUCAAAUCUAUCAAGGUUCCAAAAUCCAAACACAUGUUUGAGAGCGAUAACUCGACCAACAACCUAUUUGAGAAACAAAAGAAAUCUAAAGCUUCGAAAUCCCCAAAAUCUGAUGUGGCAAUAUUGGAAGAACCAGAAUUUAUCCCUUCCUUACGGUCGAAACGGUCCAACAUAUUCGACGACGCCUUGGGAGAUCCUACCUCUUUACUCGAUGCGGAUGCAUCAGACAAAGAAAGACGUAAGAGGUCUUUGGCAUUCCAUACUUCUAAAAUCGCUUCCACGUCAGCAAGACGGACAGCAGCUAGGGAAAGAAGGUUAGGAGGGGAUGAUGAUGUUCCUUAUAGAGAUCGGAAGGCUGCAAGGGAUUCGGUUCUCAAGAGGGGGACUGGGGAGAGGCUUGAGUCUGGAGCUAGUGGACUCGUCGAGAUGAACUCGAGGGAUGAAGAGGGAGAUAGGUUUGGUGGGGAAGAGACAAGGCAGGUGAUAUCAGGUGAGAAAGAGAGAGGUAGAAGUAAGAAACAUCCGAGAGAGGAGGAUGAUGGAGAAGGGGAAUCAGAUGGGUAUUAUGAAUUGGUAAAGAGACGAAAAGAGGAGAAAAAAGUAGAAAAGGAAAUUGCUCAUGAAGAAAAGAGAAUGGAAAAAUUUGCAUCAUUACAAGACGAAAUCACAUCCGGUCCUCGAUCCGUCUCUAGGGCGAUUGAGAAAAACAGAGGUUUGACACCGCGUCGAUCUAAAACCGGUAGGAACCCAAGGGUGAAGAAACGACAAGCUUAUGAGAAAGCUAAGAGACGCGUGGGUUCUCAAAGAGCUGUUUUCAAAGGUGGUCAAGCAAGUUUAGGAGGGGAUUACAAAGGUGAAAAAAGUGGGAUUUCACAGGUUGUCAAAAGUCGAAAGUUUUAA